AUGGGUACGGGUUUGGACAGGUUUCUAUGGUCAGUACUGCUGCUGCUGCCAGUCUUUGGGCUGUCUGAGACUCUGCCAGAAAGCUGGCUGCCUGGGGAAUAUUCAGACACCAUUGCUGAUGCACAGAAGUUCCUUAGUGACUACAACCGAACUGCUGAGGAAGUGUUUUUCUAUAGUGUCUCUGCCAGCUGGAACUACAACACCAACAUAACAGACCACAACUCAAAGCUUCAGGUGAAUGCAUCUCUUGAAGAACAGGAAUUCGUGGAGGCGUGGGGGAUGAAGGCUAAGCAGGUCUUCAUUUCCGGAGUUCUCGACUCUCUUCCUAAAGAUAAGAAAUUGAUGGAAAAGAUAAAACUACUGGGUGCUGCCAACCUUCCCCCAGAGGAAAGAGAAAAGUAUAACACCAUUCUCAGCACCAUGGACAGUAUUUAUUCAACAGCUAAGGUGCACCCACAGCCAAACAUAAGCUGGAGUCUGGAACCUGAGCUCACAAACAUCAUGGCUACGUCCAGGAGCUACAAGAAGCUGCUGUAUGCCUGGGAAGGCUGGCACAAUGCAUCGGGUGUACCAAUCAAAGAGCACUAUCCAAGCUUUGUGGAGCUCAGCAACAAAGCCUCACGAGCUGAUGGAUUUCAGGACACUGGAGAUGAUUGGCGCUCUUGGUAUGAGACUGCUACCUUUAGGCAGGAUUUAGAGGAACUGUACAGGACUAUUGAACCCCUCUACCUGAAUCUGCAUGCCUUUGUGCGCCGCCAGCUCUACAACCAAUACGGUCCCAAGUAUAUCAACCUUAAAGGACCUAUCCCUGCCCACCUGCUCGGAAAUAUGUGGGCCCAGACUUGGAACAACAUUUAUGAUAUGAUGAUCCCAUUUCCUGACAAACCCAACAUUGAUGUGACUCAAGAAAUGGUCAAUCAAGGCUAUAAUGCCACACACAUGUUUCGUGUAGCUGAGGAGUUCUUCACCUCUCUGGGUUUGGAGAGCAUGCCUGAGGAGUUCUGGGAGGGGUCCAUGCUGGUUAAGCCUGAAGGUCGAGAUGUGGUGUGCCAUGCGUCUGCCUGGGACUUUUACAAUCGCAAAGACUUCAGAAUCAAACAGUGCACCACAGUCAACAUGGAACAGCUCUUCACCGUGCACCACGAGAUGGGACACAUUCAGUAUUACCUGCAGUACAAGGAUCAGCCUGUGGGAUUCCGCCGUGGAGCCAACCCUGGUUUUCAUGAGGCUGUUGGCGAUGUUUUGUCUCUUUCGGUUUCCACGCCCAAGCAUCUGAAAACAAUUAAUCUUCUGAAAUCUGUGACCUCCGACAUCGAAACUGAUACCAACUACUUGCUGAAAAUGGCUCUGGAGAAGAUAGCCUUUCUGCCCUUUGGCUACCUGAUAGACCUCUGGAGAUGGGAUGUCUUUAGUGGAAAGACCCCUCCGGAGCGUUACAAUGCUGACUGGUGGUACCUCAGAACAAAAUACCAAGGCAUCUGCCCGCCCACCAGGCGCACAGAGGAGCACUUUGAUCCUGGGGCAAAGUAUCACAUCCCUGGAAACACACCAUACAUCAGAUAUUUUGUCAGCUUCAUCCUUCAGUUCCAGUUUCAUGAAAAACUUUGCGAGGCAGCCAAACACACCGGCCCCUUGCAUACAUGUGACAUCUACCGCUCUGCAGAAGCAGGAGCCAUUUUAAAGAAAGUCCUUCAGGCCGGCUCAUCUGAAAGUUGGCCAGUUGUGCUCAAGGAUGCUAUAGGCACCGAUAAAUUAAAUGCCAGCUCGCUAAUGAAAUACUUUGAGCCUAUUAUUGAGUGGUUGGAAAAGCAAAAUGUGAAUGAGACGUUGGGAUGGCCAGACUUCACCUGGGUCCCACCAAUCCCUGAAGGCUACCCAGAGGAUAUUGACAAGAAGACAGAUGAGCUUGAAGCAAAGAAUCUUCUGGAAGAGUACAACAGUACAGCUGAGGUGGUAUGGAAUGCAUUCACUGAGGCCUCCUGGAAGUACAACACCGACAUCACUGAAGCCAAUAAUCAGGCAAUGCUUGAAAAGAACCUGGAGAUGUCAGCACACACCCUGAAGUAUGGACUGCGGGCCCGUGAGUACGACACCACUGACUUCCAGGACAGCUCGGUCAAACGAAUCAUUAAAAAACUCAGCGACAUUGAGAGGGCUGCGCUCCCCUCAGCAGAAUUGGAAGAGUACAAUACUCUUCUGUCCAACAUGGAGACCAAGUACAGUGUGGCUGAGGUCUGCAGAGAGGAUAAAAAAUGCCAUCCUCUGGAUCCAGAUCUCCAGAAGAUCAUGGCAGAGUCCAGGGAUUACGAUGAGCUGCUAUUUGCCUGGAAAGGAUGGCGAGAUGCUGCUGGCAAAGUACUUCGUCAGGAUUACAAGAGAUAUGUUGAACUGGCCAACAAAGCUGCCACACUUAAUGGUCACUCUGAUAAUGGGGCUUUCUGGAGGUCCCUGUAUGAAACACCUACCUUUGAGGAAGAUCUGGAGACUCUGUGGAAGGAGCUGGAGCCCCUCUAUCUGAAUGUGCAUGCUUAUGUUCGAAGGGCCCUGUACAAGAAGUAUGGUCCCAAUUAUAUAAACCCAAAGGGGCCCAUUCCUGCACAUUUACUGGGCAACAUGUGGGCACAGACAUGGUCUGGCAUAAUGGAUUUGGUCAUGCCCUUCCCAGAUGCUACACAGGUUGACGCCACCCCAGCCAUGGUGGCACAGGGCUGGGACCCCAUCAGGAUGUUUCAGGAAUCUGACAAAUUUUUCACCUCUCUGGGUCUGGAGCCAAUGCCACCGGAAUUCUGGAGCAAAUCUAUGCUGGUGAAGCCAUCUGAUGGACGCCAGGUGGUGUGCCACGCGUCUGCAUGGGAUUUCUAUAACCGGAAAGACUUCAGGAUCAAGCAGUGCACUGUAGUGACGAUGGAUGACCUGAUCACUGUACACCACGAGAUGGGCCACGUUCAGUAUUUCUUGCAGUACAAAGACCAGCCUGUGUCCUUCCGCGAUGGAGCCAACCCUGGCUUUCACGAGGCCAUCGGAGAUGUGCUAGCCUUGUCUGUGGCAACACCCAAACAUCUGAAGAGCAUCGGCCUCCUGGACAAGGUUGAGAACAACUAUGAGAGUGACAUCAACUUUCUGAUGAGCAUGGCACUUGACAAGAUCGCCUUCCUACCUUUCGGUUACCUGAUGGAUCAGUGGAGGUGGAAGGUGUUUGAUGGCCGCAUCCCGUCCACCGAGUACAAUAAAGAAUGGUGGAACCUCAGACUGAAGUACCAGGGACUGUGUCCGCCUGUAACACGCACCGAGGAGGACUUUGACCCAGGUGCAAAAUUCCACAUCCCUGCUAACGUUCCCUACGUCAGGUAUUUUGUUAGCUUCGUCAUCCAGUUUCAGUUCCACAAAGCUCUGUGUAAUGCUGCCAAGCAUAAUGGGUCUUUACAUACCUGUGACAUCUACCAGUCCAAAGAAGCUGGAAAGUUGCUAGGGGAUGUGAUGAAGCUGGGCUACAGCAAGCCCUGGCCCGAGGCUCUCACUAUGAUCACGGGCGAGCCCAAAAUGAGUGCCCAGCCACUCAUGGAGUACUUCCAGCCUCUCAUUGAAUGGCUCGAGAAAGAGAACACCAAGAACGAUGAUGUUCGUGGAUGGCCAGAAUACGACUGGAAACCUUUUGCAAGUGAAGCUAAAACAGUGGAUUUCCUGGGAUUAAAUGUGAACAGCUCGGCUGCCACAGCUGGCCAGUGGAUCCUGCUGGCCAUCGGCGUGCUGCUCUUGGUGGCCAUCAUCCUGCUGGCCUACAAGUACAGGAAGGCAAGAAAGCCUGAAAAGUCUUUAUCUACUAUGGAGCUUAAGCAAAAAGAUUAGCCAUCUUUGAUGGCUGAAGGGCUAAAGCAAAGCCUGACCUACUGUAGCUGGCACAAUACCAACCUCAAUGUGAACAUCAGUGUUUUUGUGUACUGCGCAACAUCUGAACAAAUUUGCUCCUCGUGUUUUGUCUGCCUCCCCAGUCUUGUAUAUUUAUUGUAUACACAAAGACACAAUUUAUUAUUUGCCUAUGCAAAAGAACACAUGCAAUUUUGUAAUUUAUUUGUAACAUCUGCUAUUAAGGGAGGGAGAGUUUUAAAAACAAAUCUUUGUAAUGUCAUUCAUUGUGUAAACGUUUUUAAAUAUUUGAUUUUUUUUUUUUUUUAUUUGUUGACUC